GUGGUCUACAAGAAUAACGACAUCCGUCUGGAGCUCUCCCGUCUGGCCCGCAUCGUAGACCCUAAGAUGAAGAUCCAGGGGGACGUGGUGUUUAAGUGUGAGAACGUGGCCACCCUGGACCCUAUCUCCUUCGAGACCCCCGAGGCCUUUAUCAGCCUGCCCAAGUGGAACACCAAGAGGAUGGGCUCCAUCUCCUUUGAUUUCAGGACCUCGGAACCCAACGGACUCAUCUUAUUCACCCACGGCAAGCCCCAGGAACGCAAGGAGGCCCAACGCAGCCAGAAGAACACCAAGGUAAGCCAAUGAAUGAUGAAUGGAUCAAACAAACAAUUCACCUUAGCCUUUAGGCAAAGCUGUGUCUAAACUUGUAAAGAAUCCAUUCAAUAGUGUAAUAAGAAACCAAAGAUCUGUAUUCAAGGAUUUUGUAAAGUCUUGGAUUUAUAUAUCCUGUUUUGUAAAGAUAUCUGUUGUACCCCUAUGAUGAACUGAACACCUUGACGAUCUCCCUUAGGUCGACUUCUUUGCAGUGGAGCUGCUGGAUGGCAGUCUAUACCUACUGUUAGACAUGGGCUCUGGGACCAUCAAGGUCAAAGCCACCCAGAACAAGGUCAAUGACGGGGCCUGGUACCACGUAGACAUACAGAGGGAUGGACGCUCAGGUGAGUCCUCUUACCUAAUACCCUGUUCCUGCUGCCCCACUCUCUACUUCCCUAUCCCCAUCUCUCUAUCACUCCCUUCUCUCGCUCUCUCUCCUUCCCCUUUCUCUCCAUCUUCAGGACCCUUUAUCUAUCACUCUUGCCCUUGAGUGUGUGUGUGUGUGUGUGUGAGUGAGUGUCUGUGUGUGUGUGUGUGUGUGUUGUUGUAUCGAUGUGAGUGCAGCGUAUCACUCUCUGCCCAGUGCUGGGCCUGUGGGGGUCUCAGAGUGCAGACAGCCUGUUAGACAAUGCUGGGAUGGCAUGGCCAGGUGACUCACUGCAGCACAUAUUACUGCUACUGAUAUACCACUGCCGCCAUACACACAUUGGCAUACACACACUCACACACACACACAUGGGUGCACACAUACACACACAUGGGCGUACACAUAGACGAACACAGAAGCACGUUUACACACUGUUCAAGCGCACUCUGGAUCUGAGUGAAGGACACACAGAGAGGCCACAGACACACUCUGCUGCUUGGCUUGAGACAUAAACAGAGAUAAGCCUGUCAUACAGAAGUGUCUGCGCUGUAACUGUCUCAAUGUUCUCUCUCUCUUGUUCUAUCCCUCUCUCCCUCUCUCUGAGGGAUACUUACAAUCACAAAUCUCAUAUAUCUUCUCUAAGCUGUGAGACUCUAUUUGAGUGAGAGCAUCAGGAAACCCUGUGCCCUCUAUCGAUCCCUUAUACAGACAAUGGCUUACCAAUACGUUAUGCUAUACUCAAUAUCUUCAAGGCUGUCAGCCUUCAAAACUCUACCAUCAUUGUAGAUGAGUGUGGAAAAGUAAAGCUACGCUGGCCUAGUAAAGUACAAUUUUUGAAUAUAUUUAUUGAGCACACAGAUUCCAAUUGGGCCCACAUAGGCUAGAGCAGGGGUAUUCAACUCUGACCCUACGAGGUCCGGAGCCUGCUGGUUUUCUCUUCUACCUGAUCAUUAAUUGCACCCACCUGGUGUACCAGGUCUAAAUCAGUCCUUGAUGAGAGGGGAACAAUGGAAAAAAAGCAGUGGAACUGGCUUCGAGGUCCAGAUUUGUGUUUGAGGGUGCUAGUUUGGAAAUCCCUGUCCUACAGUGCAAGGGAGUACUGUCUUAUCUAACAAUGGUAGAGAUACAAUGUAAAAAUGUUUGAUUUAAUAAUGUGGUUUUAAACCAUCUCCUCUCCCUCUCCAGGCACCAUCUCAGUCAACAGCCGGCGCACCCCGUUCACAGCCAGCGGUGAGAGUGAGAUCCUGGACCUGGAAGGAGACAUGUACCUUGGGGGUCUACCCUCGGACCGUGCCAACCUCAUCCUGCCCACCGAGCUGUGGACCGCCAUGCUCAACUACGGCUACGUGGGCUGCGUGCGCGACCUCUUCAUCGACGGGCGCAGCAAGGACAUCCGGCAGAUCGCUGAGGCCCAGAACGGGGCGGGCAUCAAGCCGUCGUGCAACAAGGUGGUGGGGAAACAGUGCGAGAGCUACCCAUGUAAGAACAGAGGCGUCUGUAAGGAGGGAUGGAACCGGUUUAUCUGUGAUUGUACCGGCACGGGGUACUGGUCACGCACCUGCGAGAGA